UUAAUUCCAAAACUGAGAAAGUUGAGAAGAAGAUUCUGACAGAAAACCUACAAAAAAGGCAACCUCCUCCUUCCCCCGGUGAAGGAGAACGGGUUGUCAAAUUUUUGUAUUGCCUGCUCUCCUUUGACCCAUUCGAUACCUUGUAGGUUUUCUUCAAUCUCUUCGUCCCAUAUUGUUGUGUUUUUUUAAAUCAAAAUCUUCGAAUUGGAAAUGGUUUCUGUGUUUUGAUCUUAGAUCGACUUGGGCAAUGUUUAUGUUGAGUGGGUUCUGAUUAUUCUACCAGUAUUUUCAAAAUUUUGGUGUAGAUUUGUUGUGGGUAGUGAUUGAUUUGGCCUUGGAUGUAGGUGGACAUUGUUUGCGUGGAAGGUGUUUGAUUUGUGGUCUCUAUGGGCAUUGACAAAUUUGAAUUAUAGAUAGAUAGACAUUAUUGACAAAUUUGAUAUUGAUUCAUGUGGGCAAUGCUUGAAUUGAAGAAGGAUUGAUAAUUUGAAUUCACUUGUUGAAUGUAUCUUGUUAUUACCGAAGAAAAGGAUCGGCUUGUGAACGUACCCAACUCGUUUCCGGGUGUUCUCAGGUCAUUGUUGUCUCUGCCCAUUGAACAAAAAACCUUCUUAUUUUGCAUUCCAAGAGAUAGGUGGGAUAAAGAGUUCUUCAAACUUCAGGGAGGAUAAUUAUAUGUUUUUGAAUUCUUUUAAAUUUGGUCUCAAUAGAAGUAACUGAGAUGGGUUCUUCGCAAAGGUCUACAUUGUCCACAAAUGUGGCAGGGCUUGUUGACGGGUCUCCUGCGCGUAGAGAGGUUUCUUAUGUUGAUUGUUUGCCGGUCUAUGUCAAGGAGCUUAUCGCGGGGGGUGCUGCUGGAGCAGUUGGCAAAACUUCUGUUGCUCCUCUGGAACGGAUUAAAAUACUCUUGCAGACUAGAACUGAAGGGUUCCAUUCUCUGGGGGUCUAUCAGUCAUUAAAGAAGAUAUUAAAGAAUGAAGGUGUUUCAGGAUUCUAUAAAGGAAAUGGAGCUAGUGUUCUUCGGAUUGUUCCCUAUGCAGCAUUACAUUUUAUGACAUAUGAGCAGUAUCGUGUUUGGAUCUUGGAUAACUACUCUGCCUUGGGAACAGGUCCCGUUGUAGAUCUUUUAGCUGGUUCAGUAGCUGGAGGAACAACAACUUUAUUGUGUACUUAUCCCCUAGAUUUGGCUCGUACUAAACUUGCUUACCAGGUUGUGGACACAAGUGGAAGUUUCAGUAAUGGUAUGAGAAGUACUCAUGUGCAACCUGCAUACAAUGGCAUAAAAAAUGUAUUAGAGUGCGUCUACAAAGAAGGGGGAGUACGUGCACUGUAUCGGGGUGUAGGUCCAACACUCGUUGGUAUUCUUCCUUAUGCUGGUUUGAAGUUUUACAUAUAUGAGGAACUAAAGAGGCAUGUUCCUGAGGAGCACCAAAAUUCCAUUGGAAUGCGUCUUUCUUGUGGAGCUUUGGCUGGUUUGUUUGGGCAGACCUUCACAUACCCCUUGGAUGUCGUUAGGAGGCAGAUGCAGGUUGAGCAUCUGCAACCUUCAAUACAAAAUGGUGCCAGAUACAGGAAUACAUUGGAUGGCCUCACAACUAUUGUUCGGAAUCAAGGGUGGACACAAUUAUUUGCUGGGCUAAGCAUUAACUACAUUAAGAUCGUGCCUUCUGUUGCAAUCGGUUUUACAGUCUACGACAUGAUGAAGUUUUGGCUUAAUGUUCCACCUCGACAAAAAUCACCAUCAGUAUCCGCAGCAUAAAUUCGUUGAUAUCCAAUCUAGUUUAGAUGAUGCUAUAUGAUUGAUAAAAAUUUCCAUUUCAAUCUAAUCUUUGAUAUAUUUUCAUUUGUGAUCCUAAGAAAAGAUCACAUGAUUAAUUUUAAUAAAGUUUUUUCUUGAUCUAAAA